CUUUAGGUGUCGCUAAAACUUCACGGAACAACACGACUGGACUCGAUAUGAACACAAGGAAGUAACAUUUUCUGCUUUUGAAAGAUGGAGCAAACUACAAGUGAGACCCGUCAAAAAACAUUUACAUGCCAGUUGUGUGGUUUAAGUAGCCCUUUUACUUACUACGGCCAGAAACCACCAAACACCAGAGCCAUUGUGUUGCUAGAGGAGUGUUUUGUGACCCAGGACCCCUUCAGUCCAGACAAGGAGAAGUUCCUCAUUCUGGGCUCUACCUGCAGCCUGUGCAGCAUGUGUGUCUGUGUUGGAUCGGACUGCAGUCUCUUCUACACCAAGAGGUUCUGCAUGCAGUGUGUGAACAAGCACUUAGACCAGUUCCCCCAUCAGAUCCAGGCCGAGCUGGCCAAGAAGAAGCAGAGCUCCAAGGCUGCCGUCUCCUGACAUCGAACAAGAAGUCCAUAACGUGCUCCCCGAAAGAAGAGAAAACUCCGAAAUGUGUCAAGGUGCUUUACCAGCACACUUCUAUGAAACCCAUACUGCACCAAAGUGCAAAAACACCAUAAAGAUCAAAACAUCCUGUAUUUUAGAAGCAUAGCUUUUAUUAAAAAUUACACCACACAUCAGAAAAAUACUAGUUUAUGCUCAUGUCUAGUAAAACUAGGCCAUCCUAGUGUUAUUUGUUUAUUUGUUGCUAGAGAGUUUUAUAGAAGCAACAGGCGUGACGAGUGUUGCCGGACCCCUGAUGGAUUGUGGUUGCAGACGGAUGAUCAGCCCUGCUGGUUUGCAGCAAUUAAAAAAAAGGUUCCGAAUGAAUAAUCUGACGCCAUGUCCUGUAUGUACACAGUUGCUCUAAAUUUUCUGUUGUAAAAUGUUUUUUUAAACAUAUAUAACAGUUUAAAUUACUUUGUAAAAACUUUUCAACACUACAACUGAAAAAAAUAUACUAAUUUGCCAAGAUUUUCUCUUUGUACUUGUAAAUGCCCCUUUUUUGUAAGAAAACAAAUUUUAUUACUUUUCAGCAUAUGGUAACAUUAACAUUUAUAUGGCUAAUUAUCUCUCGUGCCAAACGUGUUUGUGUUGACAUAAUGCAUCUUUUUAUGAGUGUAUCACUCUGCAUCCAUGGUCAGAGGGUUCAUUGUUGACUUCUGUGAUGUCAAAAGAAAAAGUGUUCCUGUUAUCUUAAACUAUAUAAAAAAAGAUGCAUACAGUGA